CAUGUCAUGAUCUUGCAUAACAAUUUGAUGCACACAGAAUGGAAAGAGGAGAAGAAACAACAGCAUAGAAAAAAGAAAGGGAAAGAAACAACAAUGGCUACUUGUUUAAUGGCUUGGUGAGUCGUGAGAGAUCUUGGAAGAGGUAAUGUCCAUUCCUCCAUCCAGAAACCAAACCAAACCAAAUGGGUGUUCAUAAAUUGUUACCUGCGGUGGGUCCUCGCCGAGGAAGGAGGCUGGGUCGGAUUUUGAGAGUAGCGCUCAGUUUCAGGUUGUGGCUCUCACUGCUUGCGCUACUCUGCUUAUUGUCUUUUGCACUGUUUGGCCUCAAAUUCAUUACACUUGUUGGUCGUGGUGGUGGCAUGGAAAAUGGCAUCUCAUCUUCACACCAACUACCUAUCACCGGUAAUGUGAAAAAAAAUAAUAAGGAAGUAGAGCAGCAACAACUACAACACUCUGGAUUUGGUGUUGUUGUAAUAAAAGCACCGGGAAGCAAGAAACGUAUACAGCAUUUUCCUUGUGAAAUUGGGUUUACGGAAACAGUUGAUUAUCUUAUUGAACCUAAGGACUCGGGAAAUUUUACCCAAUUUUUGCUCCAGUAUGUGGCUAUGGAAGAGAAACCCUUGGGGGUCAAUUCAUUUGAAUCUAGAUUUGGAGGACAUCAGAAACUUGAGGAAAGGGAGAAGUCUUUCUAUGCUCAUGAUCAAACUCUUCAUUGUGGUUUUGUUAAAGGACCUCCUGGAUUUCCAAGCACUGGAUUCGAUUUUGAUGAGAAGGACAUGGCAUACAUGAGCACCUGUCGGGUUGCAGUAUCUUCUUGCAUUUUCGGGAGUUCUGACUUUCUAAGGAGGCCUACGAGCAAAAGAAUCAGUGAUUUUUCGAAGAAAAAUGUUUGUUUUGUCAUGUUUGUGGAUGAGCAAACACUGUUCAAGUUGGCCUCAGAUGGACAUGUCCUAGAUAAUAGAGGAUUUGUUGGUCUAUGGAGAAUAGUUGUUGUCAGGAACUUGCCAUACAAGGACAUGCGGAGAACCGGCAAGGUGCCAAAAUUUUUAUCACAUCGCAUCUUCCCUUCUUCGAGAUACUCAAUUUGGCUUGACAGUAAGAUGCGACUCAAUGCUGAUCCAUUGCUGAUAAUUGAAUACUUUUUGUGGCGAACAAGAUCAGAAUAUGCCAUUUCAAAUCAUUAUGCUCGUCACUGUGUUUGGGAGGAGGUACUCCAAAAUAAGCGCCUAAACAAGUACAAUGAAACGGCCAUUGAUGAACAGUUCAAUUUUUACAAGUCCGAUGGCCUCAGCAAAUUUGACCCUUCAGAUCCGAAUACUCCUCUACCAAGUUAUGUGCCUGAAGGUUCAUUUAUUGUUCGGGCCCAUACACCAAUGUCAAAUUUAUUUUCAUGCCUCUGGUUCAAUGAAGUUGAUCGAUUUACUUCUCGUGAUCAACUGAGCUUUGCAUAUACCUACUUGAAACUCAGAAGAUUGAAUCCCAAUAAACCAUUCUACCUAAACAUGUUCAAGGAUUGUGAACGCCGAGCACUAGCAAAGCUAUUCAGGCAUCGCGCACUCCCAUCUCUUCCGCCCGUUCCUUGAUGAAUUGAGAUUUGUUUUGGCAGUUAUGGCUUGGCUGGGACAUCCACUAAAGAGAAAAAAAGGUUUCUAUGUGAUUUCCUCCAGCUCUUUCAAGAAUCUAAGAGAUGUCAGCUGCCUUGUGAGUUAUGACAGAUUUGUUAUGUUUUGCACUGUAGCUGAUGGUAAUGACUUUGGAUGUCUGAUGUAUUUGGCCAAGUAAUCUUGACAAAGAGGUGAUGCUAAUCUCUCCUUACCAAAUGGUCUAAUGGUCUUUGAUGGUCAGCUAUAUGAUAUGGUAAAGGGAUUCCGAGAUGUCAGUGAAAUCGGGUCACGUUGCACUUCAUCCCGCAAAUAAUUGUUAGUUUUGAGUUUCAACCUCAACUGCAGAAGGGGGAAAAGAGGGAGAGGAAUUACUGCAAUGGCAUCGGCGAAGCUGAUAACCAUUGAUUAGAUCAAUGAGUCAGAAUUUUUGGGGUCUUUUUUUGGUAUUUUACUCAACUCCUGUGGUUUAAACGACUUUGGCUUACUGGUGUUGGUAUUCCAGACUUACCAGGGGGGAGAAGGCAUUGCUUUUCCAGAUUAUUUGUUAGGUGUUCUCCUUUGAACAAUGAUGGUGAAGAAUGCUGCAAGUGCUAAACAGUCUUUUUUUUUUGUUUCCCCAUUUAUACCCUCAAUCCUUUCCUGUAGCGCAGUAGGCUGGAUGGCUAUUUUUAUUAGAAGAGAGAAUGUUUUGUUCCUUAACUGUCUGAGAGUAUGCUGGUCAAAAUUUUGAUAUUUUUCUUCUAUGUAUCACUUUAGCUGUUCUUAGAA